CUGACCAUACGGCAGUCAGUGUUGUAGCUACGACAGUUUGGGUAACAUGUGAGAAGUUUGGUUUGAUUUUUGAGACUUUAUUACAGAUAAAAAAUAAUUUAAAUUGCCCGAGGCGCCAUGCACGAAAGGUCGCUGCCCGCCUCUCCCAACUGGUACUGCUCGCGCUGCAGUGACGUCAACAGCGACGGUUUACUGGGCGUCGGAGCCAAAAACAUCAUUUAUUUAAUUAAUGUGUCUGCAUCCUCCUGCAGGGUGGUAGGUGAGCUUGUCGGCCACAAAGACUUGGUGUCAGGCUUUUCGUUCUGUCAGCAUGCAGGACAGAGCCACGUCUGUGUCAGCUCUCACAGUGAUGGGAGUAUUUGCUUCUGGGACUCACACAGCAAGACUCUUUUAAGCGAGCAUGCAGCUCAUCAGAACCCGGUCUCAGCUGUGCACUGGUCCCCGGUGGAUAAAAACCUGGUGGUGUCAGGGGAUGAGAAGGGCAUCGUUGUGUGUCACUGGUACCACACAGGAGACACUGCCAGCUUCUUUCCCGAGCCCAGGACCAUUUUCUGCCUCACCUGCUCCCCUCACACCUGGAACGUUGUGGCCGUCGGGUAUAAAGAUGGAAUGAUCGUGCUGAUUGACGUGAGUAAGAAAGGCGAGGUGAUGCAGCGUCUCCGUGGACAUGACGAUGAGAUCCAUUCGCUGGUGUGGUCUCCAGUCACCGGUGAGGACACCCUCUACAACAGACCUGAGGACAGUGAAGCAGCUAAUGGAGAGUCUGCGGGGGAGGAGAGGGGCUGCUAUCUUGCCUCUGGAAGCAAAGACCAGACAGUGAGGAUCUGGAGCACAUCGAAGGGUAAAGCUGUAAUGACUCUGAAGCUGCCGUAUUUGAAGAAACGAGGCUCUGCAGUCGACCCUGGGGUCAAAGAGAGACUCUGGCUCAACGUCCACUGGCCAAAGGGACGACGGACACAACUCGUGUCCAGCUGCUUCAGUGGUGAGUUGGUGUUGUGGGACUUGACCAGGUCAGGGAAGCAGAGGUGGACUCUGCUGGGGACAUCCUCAGACAGUCAGAACCACAGCAGGAUCGUCUUCAACAUGAGUUCAGUUCACCUGCAGGACGACAGAGAGCUGCUCCUCAGCACCUCCAUGGACAGAGAGAUUAAAUGCUGGGACCUGGCGUCUCUGGACUGCUGCUGGACUCUGCCCACCCUGGGUGGCUUCGUCUACAGUCUGACCUUCUCCCCUGUGGGUGCAGGGUGUCUGGCACUGGGUGUUGGCGACAACAUGAUCCGGGUCUGGAACACACUGACUACUCAGAACCAGUACGACACCAGGUCCUUCUGGCAGGGCAUCAAGUCCAAGGUCACAGCGCUGGCGUGGCACCCGAAGAAAGAGGGAUCCUUGUCUUUUGGAACAGACGACGGUAAAGUUGGAAUCUACGAUGUCUUCUCAAACAAGCCUCCUCAGAUAUCGAGCUCCUAUCACCGAAAAACAGUGUACACAUUGGCUUGGGGACCCCCAGUCCCCCCAAUGUCAUUUGGUGCAGGAGGCAAGUCGUCCUACAGCCUGUACAGCUGUGCUGGUGAAGGUGUCAUCCUGCAGCACGAUCCGUCUAAGCUGAGCGGAGAGGCGUCAGACAUCGACAAGCUCAUCAGAGACACUAACAACAUCAAGCACAAGCUGUCCCCACACACUGACCUCAGCUGGAAGCCAGAUGGGAAAGUGGUUGCCAUCGGCAACGAGGACGGGUGUAUUGAUGUGUAUCAGGCUCCCAGUCUGAAGCUGUUGUGCAGCAUCCAGCAACACCACAAGAUCAUCAACACACUGCGGUGGCAUCACGACCACAGCUCUCCACCUGAGCUACACUGCCUCCUGGCCUCGGGCUCCAGCAACGCCAUCGUCUAUGUGCAUGAUCUCCUGCUCCAUUAUAGGUGGGAGGAGACCACACAUUGUACUCCUCCAGAGAGCCCUGUGGUGUUGACAGAGCCGUAUCGCAGGCUGUGUGGUCAUACAGCUAAAAUUACCAGCAUGGCCUGGAGUCCACACCAUGAGGCCCGAUUGGUCACUGUCUCAUAUGAUGGCACAGCUCAGGUGUGGGAUGUGCUGCAGGAGGAAGCUGUCUCUAACUACCGGGGUCACGUGGGUUACCUGCUGUGUGUGGACUGGUCGCCUGUUGAUCCUGAUGUGAUCUGGACUGGAGGGAAGGACUUCACCGUGCAGGAGUGGAGAGUUUCUAAACAAGAGUUUACAAAGCCACCUAAAGGGAAAAAGAUGGCUGAGCUGAGGGAGAAGAAGAGGACCAAUCCUAAGCAGAAGAAGAAGAACAAUAAAGCGUCAGGGGCCGGAGGCGCUGCGGCUUCAGAGAUGAAUGGGGGGCCAGUUACAGGAGGAGAGAAGAUUGUGACGGGACAGGAGCUGUCUGCUGAGGAUGAAGAAGAUGAAGUCAGCUCAACAAGCAGUCCUGUUCCUCCACCAGCCACUUUUGAGAUACAGAGAAAAUCCACUACUGCUGCUAAGAGCAAAGACAAACCAGACACAAACCUGCUGAAGAAGAAGAAGCCUCGCUCCAUGCUGCCCAUCAGUACAUCCAUGGACCAUCGGCCCAAAGAGGAGCUGCUGCAGGACUGCAUCACUCUGGCCUCUGUCAAACACACCAGUGUGCCCCCUGCAGGCUGUGUCCCAGGCCAGGGAGAGCACAUCCAUCUAGGCCUCUUCUCUGACAGACAGGCUCUGCAGCGCAUGUUUGAGUCUGAAGAGGAGGGUCACGUGGAGGCGGGUCACUACGACUCUGUUGUGUACCUGCGACUGUGGAGUGGAGACGUGGAGGGAGCGCUGCAGCUCGCCACAGAGAAAGGAGAGCUGAAUGACCACCUGCUUUCCAUCGCUCCUAUGGCUGGGUUCAAGGUGUGGAGCCAGACAGUGGAGGCCUACGUCAAGCAGCUGUGUCUGCAGGAGCAGUACCUGAAGGCAGCAUCUCACCUACUAUCAAUCAACAAGCUGUAUGAGGCCAUCGACCUGCUGCACUCACACAAGCUCUACAGGGAGGCCAUAGCUCUGGCGAAAGCCAGGCUGCCAGCAGACGAGCCGAUCCUGAAGGAGCUGUACAGCUCCUGGGCUGCCGUGCUGGAGAAGGACGGACAUUUCUCUGCCGCUGCUAAAUGUUACUUGGCUUCUGGGGCCAGUUUUGACGCUGCAAAAGUCAUCGCCAGGAAGAACGACGUCUCCUCUCUGAGGGCGGCGGCCAGUCUAGCGAGAAUUUCUGGGGAGGUCACUCUGGCUCAGUCACUGGCACUGAGGUGUGCUAAAGACCUGGCUGCUGCUCAGAACUGGGUUGAAGCCCAGGAGGUCCUGAGCUCACAGGAGAGUUUGCUGGUCCACAGGCUGCAUCUCUGCGUCACUGAGCUGCUGUCUGCGAUUUUGGCAGACUCCGUUGUUGUAUCUCAGUCCUCAGUCUCCAGUCACCCAUGGGCGUCGCCAGGUGACGGUCACAUCAGCAUCCAGGACCGAGUGAGAGUCGUGUGGGAGGAGCAGUUUGGUGUUUCACAGACGUCAGCAGGACAUCACAGCGCCAGAGCUCUCCUGCAGGAGCUGAAGUCUGUGGACAGUCCAGCACCCAGUGCCAGUAUCCCCUUCAGACAGGUUCUGCUGUAUUCAUCCCUCCAUCUGACCCAUUCUGUAUUGAGCUGGUUGUUGGACGAUGAUGAACAGCUGAUAAAGGAGCUGUGGCAGGCAGUGGCGUGGCUUAGAGACUCAGGACACUUCUGUGCCUCUGCAGAGUUCUGCAGGCUGCUGUUCCCUGAUGGUGACGUCACUGUUUGUUCCGGGAAACAUCCCAAGACACUUCAUCUCACAGGAGAAGAAGCCAAAGCUGCUGCCAACAGCCUGCAGGCCUUCGUCCAUUACCACCGUCUGUAUGAAUGCUGGUGGAGCAUCUCAGCCAGGAAUCAGAAGAUCCACAACGGACUUUCCGUCUCAGCUGCUGGAGACGAGGUGAACGACAGAGUGAUGAACGGAGGAAUAUCAGAGUCAGGAGAGAGCGUCUGCCCACCUACCAGAAGGCUGGAGAAACUGGACUUAGAUGCGUCACUUCUUCUGUCUGAGUCUCAUGCUGCCUGUCAGGCCGCCCAGAGGUCCAUUAGAGAGAUCCAGGAGCGGUUGGCUGCCAUGGUGCUGCAGCACAGCCGGGCCCCGGGAGGGCAGCUUGGCUCUGGGGAGAAACAAGCUGACACACCCACACAGAUAUACUCCACCAGAGAGUCACCGGACAGACAGGGGUCUGCUGAUGCUGGGAAACGGCCUGAUGACCAGGAGUCUUUCCUCUCUUUGUCUUCCAAGAUGUCAGAGCACCAGAAACAGCUGGCUGACCUUCCAGAAACAAUCAAGAUGUAUCCUCAUCCAGAUGUUGUUGAAUGUUGCCUUAUUCUCCUGCACUUCACCAAGUCUUCAACAUCUGUUUCUGAGUCCCUGCAACAAGAGGCCAAAGAUUUGCUCCGUAAAUACGGAUCAAGUCCGUCUGUCCUGAAAUCCUCCCGACCAUUCCUCACCUGAAUCUCUCCCUACUGGACUGAAAGAAGCACUUCCAUUGCACAGCUGUUUGUUGAAUUAAAAAAUAUCUUUAAUCACAAAAUGA